AUCCGUAUUCCAUGCCUGUAUGCGCCGAAUGUAAGUGAGGCUAUAUCGCUGGUAGGAUUUAUGUUCCGUCAAUCUCGAAAAUAGAACCUUGUACCGCGUUCUGUGAAGUCUGAUUAAUUAGUCAAUGCACUUAACAGUUACGAUAAAUUAAUUUUCGGACCCCGUUCAGUGCUUAACCAAUAAUUUUUCGUUUCCUAUCACGAUACUCUACCUGUUUGAACGAGCAGCAACGCUACAAUUCUCGUUGAUAUUCGGGCGCGUGUUGCAUCGUUGAAAUAAUUUCCACUCAAACAAAAAAAUAGAAUAUGCCAGAAUGCCGAUUGUAUGUUUCCCUUUCAAUACUUAUUGCGAUACUCACGCAGCUCGUCUUCAGUCAGAAACAGAAUUUCACCUGCCACGUCACAGAUUCAGAACAUUUGCAUAAGCAUAACUUCACCGAGCUAUCGAGCUCGGAUAUAACAAUCUAUGAUGAAUCUGCGGAUGGAAAUAUAACUCUGCGUCUUUGUUCGCCUCUGUCACAAACAUGCGCUGGAAGUAGUGACUACAGUAUUUGUUUGCGCAAGCAUGGGACAGAAAUAGGACUGGGAAAAUUUCCACCUUUGCUGCAGAACAAUCAUACUUCAAUGUUCACUUUUACGGGUGAUCUGUGCAGCAAUUCUAAAAAUUAUACAGUUUUGAUUAUUAUGAAAUGCCAGGAGAACGCUAUCGACACUACAAUUCCUCAACUAAUUCCAAAAGCAAAAUAUGAUCAUUGCUCAACAUACUUUAUAUGGUAUACUAAAUGGGCUUGUAACAAACCAAAAAACUCAAAUUGCACAGUUGUCGAUGAACGUAACAAUCUAUAUGAUCUUAGUCCGUUAACAGCAUAUAAGAAUAAUUACGUCGUUUACAUUGAUGACAAGGGAAACUUGGUAAUGAAUAUCAAUGUAUGUCACUCGGUAAUACACGAAUAUGGAUCAGCGUGUUAUGGAACAGCUGGAGCAUGCUUAGCAGUAUAUUCAAAUGACUCGAGUAAUCACGAGUACAUUAAUUACGGUGAAGUAAAUCAAGCGCUCACCAUUAACAAUGGUAAUUUGGAAAUUCUAUACACACACGGUCAUUUAUGCAAUGAUGAAUCAGAACACAGUUACCUUUGGACAAAUAUAACGUUCAUCUGUGAUCCUGAAGCUACAGAGUAUACUCAACCAAUGUAUAAAAACAAUACAUCCUGCAACUAUGAAUUUGUGUGGAAAACAUCUCUUGCCUGUAACAAAACGUACCUAAAUGAAUAUGCUAAAAAGUGCAAAGUAACAAAUCCUCGGACAAAAUAUAUUUACAACAUGAAAGCGUUGUCUUUCGGUUAUGUUAUGACAAACACGUCUGAUGGUACUCAAUAUCAACUUCAAAUAUGUGGCCCACUUCGUAACAGUAAAUGUCCGCAAGGAACAGGGGUUUGUAACACCAAAGACUUUGUAUCAGCUGGUAUGGCCAAUGCUAAUCUUAUGUGGCGACAUGGUGGUCCUUAUCUUAAUUAUACGAACGGUGUGAAAUGUGAGAAUGGUCGAAACCAUUAUACUCUUAUCUCAUUCAUUUGCGGGCCUGAAGAAUCAACUGGUUUACCAAUAAUAGUAAAAAAUGAUUCGUGUUCUUUGAUCAUAUACUGGUACACUAACCGGGCGUGUGAAAAAAGGCUGAGAUGUGGUGAAAAAGAAACAAACUUACUUCCAUUGGUGCGAACUUCGAAAAAUUAUGUGGCCAAGGGGAUGGGUACGGAGUUUCACAUAAAUAUAUGUCUAGGUGUAAUUCCGACUCCAGGGUUGGCCUGUCCACCUGGUAGUGCUGUUUGUCAGGCUGCGCGUACCUCCGAAGGCCAGUAUACCAAUGAAACCAGUCUGGGAUAUCCUGAUGAAACCACAAUUCUCCUUGACAAACAAAAUGUUAUUUUGAACUAUAGUCAGGGCUCGCCGUGCCCCGAAAAUCCUCUGAAAAAUUUAUCUUCAUCUUUCAAAUUUUCUUGCAACUACUACGGAGAUCACGGAUCACCAGAAUUUGAAAACUACUCAAAUUGUCACUUCAGUUUUACAUGGAAGACCAAUAUUGUAUGCGCUACGUUGGUUGGUGUUUGGGUUCCACCAUGUACAGUCAAAGAUACAACUCACGCGAACAAAGUAGAUCUAUCUCUGCUAUAUCCGAAACCAGUCCCACGUAUAGUGACCGGCACAGGAAAAAACUACAGCAUAAACAUUUGCGGCGGAAAGGAACAUUGCAAUGGGUCGGCAAUUUGUCAGGGUACAAAUGGAUAUGGUACUAUUAGAAGUGUAAUGUUUGACUACAACAGUAAGGCGAUAAAACUCGUGUACGGAAAUGGUUCGACAUGUUCCGGUGACUCCUAUACAUCCGAAUUAUCAUUGAUCUGCAAUGAUAGCGUUGGAAUUGACAGUGGGCCAAAGCUGAUUUUGCACGGCUAUUGCAUGGCCUCCUUUGAGUGGCAUACGAAAAUCGCCUGUCCUGAAAAAGUAAUGCUCGACUCGAGGACUUCGACCGAUCCUGUUUAUACAACUGAGACGACACCAGCCCGCGAAUCGUUACAGAAAAACGACGCAGCUGUUCAGACAUGGGCAAUCGUAUCCGCGUUGCUCCUGGUCGCUGUCGUCCUGAUCGCGUGGUUCUGCAUGCGAAAUCCUCGAAGGUGUUCCGACCUUAGAUACCGUAUAAGUGCGAUCACUGCUUCACGGAACCACAGCACCGUCCAAUAUUCGAGGGAGGAAGCUUGGUAGCGGUGAUGGAAUUCUGAAGCAUUUUGUUUACUGUUUUAUUUGUAAUAAGUUUUUUACUUUUCGAAACUCUCUAAAUCGAUUGGCUUUUCAUUAACAGGUGCUUCCGGAUCCCCAAGAGAAUGAAUAUUGAUCUAAAAACACGAAAAGGUUGAAAUUUGUUUUUUUUUUUUUUUCAACUCGAGACACAUUAUUUUGUUAAAUAACUGCAAAAUCUUCAUGUGUUAUUAGUGUUAUAUAUAUGUAUACUUACUAUUCGAUACUCGGGUAUUUUGUUCCUCAUUACCGUAUUUUUCUACCAUGAAAUGUUAACCGAUAAAUUAUUCAUUCUUCAUUUAUUACUAUUUUUUUAAUUUUUUAUUAUUGUUUCUGCACUUCUUCAACUUUGUACCUCUUCGUAGAAUAUAUAAGUGUACUGAGAGAAUAAUGGUCUGUUCACCAUAUCCAGUAUUAUCUAUCACUAGAUGCCAAUGAAAUUUCUACUUGCUUGUCAUUAUUUUAUGCAUUGCGGUAAUAAUUUGCAUUGCCCUCUUAUUCUUUACAUCGAUGAAGCAAGAGUAAUGUAACAUUUGUUAGUAUGAUAAAUAAGUAUUAUUGUUACUUUAGGUUUUUUUUUAUCCCCACUUUUGUUAGACACUUGAAGUAACUUGAAGUAAGAAAAUAAAUCUAACAAGUAUAAUGGUUAUGUGUAUUUAUUAAAACCCUAUUCGUUUGAAGAAAAAUUUG